GCCUUAUCACACGAACUCUUGCAUUCAACAGUUUUUCCUCAAACAAUCUUGGUUCUUGCAGCACACAGACUAUUUUUACUCUUGAAGUGCGCGGCAGAGCGUUGCAGCCGACCUUUAGCAGUGUUUCCCAUCCUGAAAAGCUACUUGAUUUCCACUUUUUAACAAUGACUUGUCCUGUCCUGUCCUGUCUGUCCUGUCCACAUCCUCCCUAUCCUGCCCAUCGAUAUAAUAUCUUCCAAAUGCUCUUCGGGGGCGGAAAGCCUCCACUGAAAGUUGUGAGUUUCAGAUUUUAUUAAGAACAAUGGUCAAGGAUAAGGCAUUCGUCCAGCAGUUGUGCGAAACCGGGACUUCAUCAUAAUUGCUGUUAAUAAUUACAGUCAUGAUAAGCGGCAGAGGUGACAUUUAUUGAUGGCAAAUUCGUCUGAGGUCCCAGUUGAUCUCCUGGAGCUGGAGGAGGAAGACAGAGUGGAGAGUUUGGAUUUGAGACAGAUUAGGACACUGUCAGAGCCACAUAGAGAGGAAGCAGCGGUCCUCCAGGCAGCAGAGGCGAGAUGAUGCAUCCGGGGGCUAGGCAGUAUGUGGUGGCGAGGCCGCUGUACUCGGAGGAGUCCUUCGCAGAGGAGCAUGAGAAGGUCUACAGGCACCGUAAGACCAUGCUGGACCACGUCAAACAGUACUUCACAUGUGAUGCUAAACGAGCCAAGAAUGCAGCGCUCUCUCUUCUGCCGGUCAUCGGCUGGAUGAAAAUCUACCGAACCAAGGAGUGGCUGCUCAGUGACAUCGUAUCUGGUGUCAGCACUGGACUGGUAGCUGUCCUGCAAGGUCUGGCCUACUGUCUGCUGGCCUCGCUGCCACCCUGGUAUGGGCUCUUCUCCGCCUUUUUCCCAGUUAUCAUUUACUUUUUCCUGGGCACCUCCAGACACAUUUCAGUGGGUCCGUUCCCAGUCUUGUGUCUGAUGAUCGGCUCGGUGGUCACCAGGUUGGUCCCAGACGAGGGUCCGCCCGCCAACAUCACAGGGUUUGAAGGCCUGACCAGAGACGAACAGAGAGUGUUGGUGGCUUCUUCUGUGACCUUCCUCGCCGGUAUCAUGCAGCUGGCAAUGGGUGUUCUGCAGGUGGGCUUUGUUGUCAUGUACCUAUCCGACACUCUGGUGUCCGGCUUCACCACAGCAGCUGCCAUCCACAUCCUGGUGUCCCAGCUCAAGUUUGUGUUGGGGCUGCAAGUCCCAGGCAUCAGUGGACCACUCGCUAUCAUAUAUACCCUGGAGAUCAUCUUCAAUAAGAUCACCUCCACCAAUGUGUGUGACGUGGUGAUCUCCUUGGUGAUCAUGGUGGUGGUGUUCAUUGUGAAGGAGCUGAACGACAGAUUUAAAUCCAAGCUGCCAGUGCCCAUCCCCAUAGAGGUUAUCAUGACUGUCAUUGCAUGUGGAGUUUCAUACGGAUUUGACUUCAAGACAAGAUAUGGCAUUGAUAUUGUUGGCCAUAUUCCAAAAGGGUACGAGCCUCCAAUGGCCCCAAACCUGCACAUCUUCCAGGAGACAACAGUGGAAGCAUUUCCCAUGGCCAUAGUGGGUUUCGCUGUUGCUUUCUCUGUGGCAAAAGUCUAUUCUGUAAAACACGAUUACACCAUAGAUGGAAACCAGGAGCUGAUAGCUUUUGGUGUCAGCAACAUCUUUGGAGCUUCCUUCAAGUCUUUUGCUGCAAGUACAGCUCUUUCCAGGAGUGCAGUGCAGGAGAGCACAGGCGGCAAGACUCAGAUAGCUGGUUUACUGUCAGCUAUCAUAGUGAUGAUCGUCACAUUGGCCAUUGGAUUCCUACUGGAUCCACUCCCGAAGUCUGUGCUGGGUGCUGUGGUCAUUGUAAACCUGAAGGGCAUGCUGAUGCAGUUUAGAGACGUCCCGUACCUGUGGAAGAGGGACAAACCAGACUGUGUUGUGUGGUUAGGUACCUGUAUUGCAGCCAUCUUACUGGGGCUGGAUCUUGGAUUGGCUGUAGGCCUUGGUGUGGAGCUGAUCAGUGUCGUCCUCAGGGCUCAGUUCCCUCGCUGCAGUGUGCUGGCCAACAUCAAAGGAACUGAUAUCUACAAAGAUAGAAAGGACUAUAUUAAUAUAUAUGAGCCAGAGGGAGUGAAGAUCUUCAGGAUACCAUCACCAAUCUUCUUUGCCAACAUUGAGUUCUUCAGGAACAAGCUGGUGGAAGCUGUUGGAUUUAACCCGUUGAGAGUGUUGCGAAAGAGAAAUAAAGCACUGAGGAUGAUCCGGAAACUUCUAAAGAAGGGAGACCUGCAGUGGACAUCAAAAGGCUUCCUGAAUACCUCAUGUGGACCCAUCAAGGAGUCAGAGGAUGAGAGCAACAUGGAGGAGCUGGACCUGCCGACUGACUUCAAGGACCUUCCUGCCCGGAUCGACUGGAACGCCGAGCUUCCCGCCAACAUCAUUGUUCCCAGAGUGGACAUCCACAGCCUGAUCCUGGACUUUGCUGCGGUCUCCUUCCUGGACAUCUCUGCUCUGAAGGGACUCAAAACGGCGCUGAAAGAGCUGAUCCGGGUUGAAGUUGAGGUCUACAUUGUGGAUUGUGAUUCUUACAUCCUGGAGAAACUGCAUGACUGUUGCUUCUUUGAUGAUGAAGUCCAGCCGUCAAUGUUCUUCCUGACGCUGCAUGACGCCAUGCUGCACAUCCUCGAGAAACAUCCAGAGACUACAGAAAAGAAAUCUGACUAUGACAGGAUUAUAACAACAGUCACAGUUCACCACCCUGGAGGCAGUUUGAGGAGCAGAGAUAGAAAUGCUCCAGAUCCCGAAACCAGGUUCUAACUUCUGAGUGAGAAGAUGAUGAUUUCUUCAGGAAGACACCAAGUAGACCAAAGACAAAAAGAGCAAAUGUUUCACAGAUCAUGCUGUACGAUACACUGAUGUAAUGAAUGACGAGAUACUGUUUUUGACUUUGUGCAUCUGACCAUCUAAGUUUACACAUACAGUAUUUACUGUAAUGUAAACAAAAAAAUUCAUGGCAUUGUUGUUUUUUAUACUGUACAUAGUGAAUUUGUAGAAAGUGUAGGUGCAAUAUAUUUUACAUGUUGUAUAGUUAUAUUUUCAUGAUAAUGAGAAUAAAUGAACUUUUUGGCACACUGUU